AUGAUGCCUGGUAAAACUCUAAGUGCUAGAAAAUGGCAAGCUGCAUUUUCUCUGGAUGGACAUCUGGAUAUCGGAAAAACUCUACGUCGAACCCAACGUGGGGGGAUCCAUCCAUCAAUUAGGGGAGAAGUUUGGGAGUUUCUCCUUGGCUGUUACGAUCCUGAGAGUACAUUUGACGACAGGGAUCAAAUACGGCAGCAUCGAAGGAUGCAAUACGCUAGAUGGAAGAACGAAUGUCGUGAAAUCUUUCCUGUUAUGGGAAGUGGAAAAUAUAUUACAGCACCUGUCAUCACCGAUGACUGUCAGCCCAUUCAAGACCCUUUAGUUCUUUUAGAGACGAAUCCUGGUAGAGAUGCUAAUAAAGCCGAUAUGGUGAACAAGCUACUUCUUCGUGGUCCUUUUGAUAAGAAAGUAAUCCAGUGGACUUUAGUAUUCUAUGAGAAACAAGAGAAUUUGUCGAAACUUUGGGAUAUACUCUCCUUUUAUGCAUGGAUAGAUACGGAUGUUGGCCAUGGUCAAGUUGUAAAACUCAUCUACUGUAAUCUCCAUUCAUUCUACCUCGAUUUGUAUUGUUUCCUAAACUCUCUGCAGAUGAUGUGGGCUCUCGAAUACGAUCCAGACUUGUUCUCUUUGUAUGAAGAACCUGGAUCAAAGAUUGCCAAGGCUGUAGGCUCCAGUAAAGGGAAACCGAAAUCAACACGUCAGUGCGGGAAGUACGAGAGAGAAAAUAUGAAAACCAAAAGCUCUGAUGCUCCACUCCCAAUCUCCGUUUUCCUUGUUGCCAGUGUCUUAAAAGAUAAGAGCUCAAAGCUACUGCAUGAAUCUCGGGGCCUCGAUGACGUGGUUAAGAUUCUGAAUGACAUGACUGGAAACUUGGAUGCAAAGAAAGCUUGCAUUGGGGCACUGAAACUUCACAAAAAAUAUUUGAAACAGGCCAAGAAGACAUAGCAUUAUGUAAACCAGAUGAAGUUUUCCAGAAAUCAGUCGAGAAAUGAUGAUUCUUCUCUCUUUUUCACGUCGCAUGCUACCACCUCGUGAUGAAUCCUGGCUCGGGGAUUACCGAUCUCUGUAUACGGAUAUGUUUUGUUGUAUUUAAUAGAUACCGUGUGCUUAUAAUCAUUCAAAUCUCGGCGAAAUACGGAAGAAAACAGUUGAUUUGUGUAUCAA